UCCCUUCCCCGUCCACCGCCCCCUCUCUCUCCCCCUCCACUCACCGUCCCUCUCUCUCCAUCUUCAAAUUCCAGUUUGACUUUUCAGCAAUGCUGGCCGCAAAACCAGAUGGAAGUUGCAGCCCUUCUUUCUUUCCAAUGAAUUCCAGCCCCUUAACAUUCUGGAUUGGAACGAUGCUUGGGAAAGUUUCAAACAGCUGCAGGUACUUCAAAUGGCUGGGAAAGACCACCGGAAGGUUGGAUGAAAUGCAAUGUGGAUGGGGCUUUGGGAUUCUUGUUUGUGACCCCUCUGGCCAUUUUGUCAAAGGCUUGUCUGGAUCGUUGGGGGUCGGGAUGGAACAGAAACUUAUUAAAAUCAUGUCGAUAAGAGAGGCUUUGUCUUCGCUGCAUGAAUCGAUUGCCAGGAGGCUGUCCAUGCUAGUACUAAACUGAAGCAAGACAUCUCCUAGUUUGGCACCAUUGUUCACGACUAUUUACGUUUGAAAUCUCAAUUUCAACUAAUAUCCUUCCGUGCUAAUAGAGCAGCUCACUAUCAUCAGCAUUUCGUUCUAGGUUGGAAUGAUUUUCCUUCUUUUCUUUAAGCUAUUUUGGUUUUGUAUUUUGCCACUAAUAAUUUCAAUGUCUCUAGCAUUAGUCUGUUGGGUUGGGAUAGAUUUCUCCCUUAAUUGCCUCUUAGAACAUUAUUGU